GUUGAAACAGUCGAUCUUUUUGGACGACAAAGACAGAUUUAGAAGUAUGGACCUGAAGUAAUAUUUAUCACAAUCAUUGACAAUUUAAACUGUGAAGAUGAAAGUGGUUAUUUGUCAUAUGCUCGUGUUCCUGUUGGUCACCCAGCUAGUUCUCACUGAAGUGAAGAUCAGCAGAAUAAAGCUGUGGGGAGAUCAUCCAUCUGUGGAGUUAACUAUGGUGCCAGGCGACCAGCUGAGUUCACCAAUAGUGGUGGUGUAUCAAAAUUCAACAGUUCAUAACAAAUACUCUCCAACAUUUCACAACAGUACUGAGUCAGUUUUUACCAACAUCAGUAUAGUACCAGACCUAAGGAAAAUUGGUGCUGUGGCAGUAUAUAAUGGUACUGAGCCAAAUAUUACAGAUGCAGUCCCGUUGUUGAAAGUGGCAGUUGUUUACGUAUUCAAUAAUUCCCUUACGUUAAUUCCUAAUAUGGCACAACUUUUGAACACAACUGUCUUAAAGGUUAAUGCUAUACCUAGUAAGGACCAGUUCCUAUAUUUGUGUAAUGAUGUCUUCAUGCUGACAAACACAACUGAUUGUUCGAAUGGAACAUCACCUGUCAUUUCAACAUCCAUUUUACCGACAGGAAUGCCGUCAACAGUAAAUUCAAGUUCUACUGCAACCUCUGGAACCACUGCUUCAUCAGCAACUACAAAAUUGCCAGUGGCAACCACUGCACAUCCUACUUUACAAACUACCAGUGUACUAAAGCACACUACAGGACAUUCUAGUGUAACAUCUCCAGUCAGUGGUAGUUCUACUACAACACUACCAAGCAGUGGAAAUUCUAGUAUAACACCACUGAACAAUGGAAGUUCUACUACAAACAGUACAACACCUCCAGUCAAUGGUAGUUCUCCUACAACACUACCAAGCAGUGGAAGUCCUACUGCAUCACCUCCAGUCAAUGGUAGUUCUCCUACAACACUACCAAGCAGUGGAAGUCCUACUGCAACAUCUCCAGUCACUGGUAGUUCUACUACAACACUACCAAGCAGUGUAACACCUCCAGUUAAUGGUAGUUCUACUACAACACUACCAAGCAGUGGAAGUCCUAGUAUAACACCACUGAACAAUGGAAGUUCUACUGUAACACUGCCACACAAUGGAAGCUCUACUACAACCCAACCAAAACCGACCAGCCCACGACCAAGUGUUACCUCUGUUAAGCCCUCUCCUCAGCCACUGAUUAAUGAGGUGAAUCUUCUGCUUGCUGAGAAGAAAUUCUUCAUUGAACUUAAAGGUUUAUCUGGAGAUGUUCAGAAUCUGUCAGUUGUUGUGUUUGAUGGAGAAGUAGGCACAUGUUUAACUCAUAUUAAAAUGAAUAAUACCAUUUCAUCAGAUGCCAAUGGAUUUGGAGUUUUUCCUGUAGAUGAUGCUGUUGUGAAGACGAAGAAUGCUUAUGUUGUUGCCCUGUUUGAUACGACCAACUGGGACAAAUCGCCUGUGGGUUGUACGAUAGCACUGAAUGUAUCUGGUCUGAAGGAUGUCCUUAUUAUCAGCAAGCACAUGGAUAUUCUUAGUUCGCAAGUUUUGGGAGCAUUUGCCAGGGACAAGCCAAGGCACUUGAUGAUUGUUGAUCCAGAAACAAUUUCUGGCACUGGCCAGAAUUACAGCAUCAGCAGGUGUGCACCGUGGGUGAUGGAUUCCAGUGCGUUUAUUCUCUCACAUCCCACCAGGCAUGGAGAAAACGAGUGUAAGACAGACUUUGGCAAGAAGAUUCAGCUGAAGCUGACUGACGCCAGGUGUAAAGAUUUCAAAGACUCUGGAGCCAAGCAACAGUUUUUAGACAUGCUGGUGUACAAGAUGGCCGACUUCUGUAGCUGUGGAAUAUCUCCACUGCUUUUCAAGUUACAAAAGUACCACUGUGGAAGUUUAAUCUUUGAAGCAUUUCUUGAGGCAGUAAAUAGUACUCUGGCAAACAAGAUGUUUAUUUCUUACAAUAACUUCAUCCAGUCCACUCAAAGUCUGACCAUUGGCAAUAAGACAUACAAGGUUGACACCACGUGCAACAAUGACUGUUUGACAGCUGCAGGUGGAAAACAAGGAAAUAUCAAACAGACCAUUGCCGUGGUGAUGUCAUGUCUUGCCGUGUUCCUCAUCAUCGUGGUGGUGGUUGUCAUCUACUUGAAGAAGAAACGGAGAGGAGUCCUACAAUUCCGAAUGACACGCUUGGAUGAAGAUGACGAUGACCUUAUGAACCCGGAAAUGGAUGAUUUUGUUGGCAGUGGUCAAGAUGCAAGUUUUGAAAACAGGCUGUACAGUCAUUUCAAUAGAAAAUAAAAAAUGUCUCCCAUUCCAUACUGUUAGCCAAUAUGAAUCAAAACUAUAUGCAAAUCUAACUUGAUUGUGUAUAAUAAAAAAAAAACCCAUGUUAUGCUAGUAUUGUAUAAAGUGCAAAUGUUAGGUUUAUUUGAAAUAAAUACUGUUAAGACAAUGUUUAAAACAGGUUUUUAAAACAUUUAAUGUACAUAUUGCAGGGCUAAAAGAUUAUAGUAGCCCCAAUCCUAUGGCUAGUGAUAUUCAAUGUCGGGCUAGUAAAUAACUACUAUUGCCAUGCCCGACGGCUA